AUGGGGACUAGGAGAGCUAUUGGUGAUGGAAAAUCUACUCUUAUCUUAGAAGAUCCUUGGUUACCAGGUGUAGAGAAUAACUUUGUUACUUCUUAUCAUCCAAACCUGGUUGGAAGGACAGUGGAUAGUUUACUGCAAAUGGAGAGUAAAGCUUGGGAUGUGGAGCUGCUGCAAGAUAUGUUCAAUGAUCAGGAUAGAGACAAAAUCUUGUCAAUACAGUUACCUGAUUCAUUAUGCUUUGAUCCCUGGUAUUGGGCUGAGGAAACCUCUGGAUUUUAUUCGGUUAAGAGCGCUUACAAACUGCUGCAACAAAGCAGUGGUGAUUGGCCGAUCUCUGGUGCGGAAUCACAGUGGCAGAACCUGUGGAAAAUGCAAGUUCCAACCAAAGUGCAGCAUCUGGUGUGGCGAGCUAUGAUAGGUUGUCUACCUACUAAGGUGCAACUCUCUACUAAACAUGUUCAUGUGGAUCUUACUUGCCCAUUAUGCAACAUUGAGGUUGAGACUAUCUCACAUGUGUUGAUGCAAUGUAGAUUUGUAAAAGCUCGCUGGAAUAUCUCAAGUGUUAAUGCACCAGGUGAUGAAAUCACAAACUUUGCAAACUGGUUUGGAAAAAUGUUAACUGAAGCUCGGACAGCAGUGAUGGAAGAUGCAGCAAUGAUAGCUUGGCGUAUUUGGAUGGCCCGAAAUGAUAUCCUAUGGAAUAAAAAAAGUACAAAAGCUUUUGAAGUGGUUAAAUUGGCUAGAACUAAUAUUGACAGUUGGAAAAAUGCUCAAAAUCAAAGAUCUGGUCCAUUACUUAAUGUCAAUUUUUGUAAUGGUUUGGAGCAUUGGAGGAAACCUGUUGCUUAUAAGUUCAAGAUCAAUGCUGAUGGUGCCAUCUUUGAAGUUGCAAAUCGAUUUGGUGUGGGUCUAGUCAUUCGGGAUCAGCAUGCUAAUCUAAUUGAAGCUGUGUCAAUUAGUAAGGCUGGCUCGGUUGCACCUGAAAUCACUGAAGCUAUUGGGGUGAAGGAGGCUUUAAGUUGGAUCAAAAAACAAAGCCUUUCGGAUGUUGAAACUGAAACUGACUCAUUAGUAGUGGUUCAAGCUAUUAAUGGGGAGGUUCAUAUGCCAUCUCAAUUUGGAAUGUUAAUUCAAGAUUGUCGUUUGAUGGUUUCUCUUUUGAAAAAUGUGGUUAUUUCGUUUGUUAAACGAUCUGCAAAUAUGGCUACUCAUUGUGUUGCGAGACAGUCUUGUUUUAUGUCAGAUUGUAUCUUUAGCGAGCAUAAUGCUCCUUCAGAUUUAUUAUCUAUUGUAAUGGAUGAACGCUUUUGUUAA